ACUCAGAGUGCCUCUUACUACAGCUGGCCCUACAGGGAACGGAAAUGCACUGAUCUGUCACUGCUGUCGAAUCCCCCAAAUUCCCUUCACCCAGUUCCUCGCACCCAGGGUAGCUGCCCUUUGGGGCGAAGGGCACAGGGGAAGGGGCCUUAGUAGGUUAAUUAUUAACCCUUUGCGCCUCAGGGCACCACGGGCUUCUGUCCCCUCCUGGAGGCGGAGGGACACGGACUGGCUAGGCGCUGGUGAGGGGGCGGCGGUCCCAGCAGCAGGCAUGGGAGUGGCGGUGCGGCCCCCAGCCCUGCGGCACUGGUUCAGCCACUCAAUUCCUCUAGCUAUCUUCGCGCUGCUGCUGCUUUAUCUCAGUGUUCGGAGCCUAGGUGAGCUGCCCCUUCCCUCACUUGCUCCGGGAGGAAGCCCGGAAUCCAGGCCCUCACGACUCAAGCCUCUUUCUCGAGCCCUCACCGCUCCGCUUCUCCUCUCCCCAGGCGCCCGCUCGGGCUGCGGACCCAGGGCGCAGCCCUGCGUUCCAGGGGGAACGGCGCCCUUCCAGGUCCGGCAGGAGUCGGGAACCCUGGAGGCCCCGGAGAGGAAACAGCCUCCGUGUCUGGGCCCUCGGGGGAUGCUGGGCCGCAUGAUGAGGCGGUUCCACGCCAGUCUGAAACCCGAAGGGGAUGUGGGGCUGUCGCCGUACCUGGCGGGAUGGAGGGCACUCGUCCAGUUCCUGACUCCCCUCGGCUCCGUCUUCGCCUUCGCCACUAGGGAGGCCUUCACCAAGGUGACAGACCUGGAGGCUCGGGUGCACGGCCCGGACGCGGAGCACUACUGGUCGCUGGCGGCCAUGGCGGCGUGGGAGCGGAGGGCGGGACUGCUGGAGCAGCCGGGGGCGGCCCCCCGGGACCUGACCCGGAGCUCGGGCUCUCGCACGCUGCUCCUGCUGCACCGCGCGCUGCGCUGGUCCCAGCUCUGCCUCCACCGGGUGGCGACCGGCGCGCUGGGAGGCCCGGACGCGGGCGUGCAGUGCAGCGACGCCUACCGUGCGGCCCUGGGUUCGCAUCACCCCUGGCUGGUCCGUCAGACCGCCCGCCUCGCCUUCCUCGCCUUCCCGGGUCGCCGCCGCCUGCUGGAGCUGGCGUGUCCCGGAGCCACCGAGGCGGAGGCGCGGGCCGCGCUGGUCCGGGCCGCCGGCACCUUGGAGGAUGUCUACAACCGCACCCAGAGCCUGCUGGCCGAGCGCGGCCUGCUCCAGCUGGCCUAAGACGGCGGCUGCGGGGACCGGCGGGAACGGAGCGGACCGCCCGGGGUGGGGCCGCGCAGCCCGGGGUCAGUCCUGCAGCCCGCGCCGCGGCCGCCUCCGUAUCCCGCCUCUUCCGUGACGUCGCCGCGGCGAGGGCCGCCCCCGGCAGGGAAUGGCGUUGAGCUCCCUCUGUCCGCAGUCUCGGAAAGACGGGAGGAGCUGUGAGGAAUAAAAAAGCAAUAUUUGGCAGCGUCGACGUAGGGCGUUUUGUGUGAUGACGACAGGCGCUUCAGGGAAAUAAAAAACGAAUGUGAGAAGAUGUGUCAUCUCUGUUCUCGGCAGCCGAGAGACUCACGCUCCCCCGGCCUAUCGUAGUCACUCCCGUGGCUUCGGUUGCCAAACACACGCUGAGUCUCCAGCCCAGACUUGUCCCUGAGCUUCACCCCUGUGCAGCCAAGUAUACAGCAAGCAUCCUGCACACUCCACAGACGCUGCAAAUGCAACACGUCCAACACGGGUCCCACCACCAUCCCCCUAAGAACUGCACCUCCUCCUGUGUUCCCUGUCUCUGUGAAUAAAUGGCACCCUCACCC